AUGACUGAAGAAAUCUUCUCAUUAAUAUUAUUGAUUUAUUAUGAAAUCUGUGUUAUGCUUUUACAACAUCAAGGUAAACCAAGAUUCAAAAUAAUAAUAGCAUUUCAUAAAUGGGAAUCAUUAACUAUCAAAAUUAUAGAUUUGGCAACUAUGAUAAUAACUACCAGAGUUUUGUUUUAUUUAAAAAGCACAAAGAAGACUACCAUUAUCCUUACAAUUUUAGGUGGCUUUCGAAUAUCUGUACAAAUAACACUAAGUUAUUUUUGUUAAGAAGAGAUAUUUUUAGUCUUUUUAAACCUUCUAUUUAUCUAUUCUCACUAUUAGGAUUAAUCACAAAACAAAUUGUUAUCUAAACUUCCAUAAUUAUUUUUAAUUGGAAAUGUAUUUUUCGUUUAAAACUUUUAAGACAAUUUAAAGAACAUUGCAAUUGCUUUUACUUGCAUUUCAAUUAUUUACACUUUUAGAUCUACAAAAACAAUUUAAAAUUCACCUGAGAAUCCUAAGGUUACAUUUAACAAAGAUUUUGGCAUUUGUAUUUCAGCACUUCCAUAGAAAGAAUUGGAACUUUAAAAAUCUUGUGAUUUCAAUGGAUCAAAUUCGAAAAGUAUUGUAUAUGGUGGAUUUUCUCCUUUAAAAGAAUUGUCAAGAUCUAUGGAUACAAUACUAUUUGAAGAGUAUGCUUGGAUUAAGGGAUAAUAGUUCAUAGUCUUGGAUGAAUAAGAAAAUGUAAUCAUUCAAACUUUUAAUGUUGCUGAUAUUUCCAAAAACUCAUUAAGUAACUCCGUCGAUAACGAAAGUGUUUCUGCAAUCUUAAAUCUUGGUAUAAUCUAAGGUAACAGAGAUUUUUAAGAUAUUGUGGCAAGCAGUGGUACUAUCAAUCAAUCAAAAUUUUUAAUAAAAGAUUUAAUUUUUAAACUCUUAGGGGACUAUGAAUUAUAUAAGAACAACCUAUUUAUAAUAAAUAAAGUGGAUGCAUAAUGGAUGCAAGAUAGGAUUAUCAAAAUAUUUUUGGUAUAAAAAAAUAAAAAAAUCUUCGCUUUUGUUUAAACUGAGUAAAGAGAGAUAUAGUAUUAAACUUCUUAUCAAGCCUUUAAUUUGUUUAGUUCCUACAUCACACCUAGUCUUAACUCAAUUAUGACUAUAUCUGUGUUGGCAGAAUCAGAUACUAUAGUAAAUGAUUUAGUAUUGGAGAAAUAUCUUUAUCCAAUAAGAGUGGCAAGUGUUAUUGUUUAUUUAUAAUUGGCAAAUAUGAGGGAUUACAAUUUACAUAAUUAGAAGAGAUUUUUAUUAAAAGUAUCUACCCUAGAAAUAAGUACCAUUUGUGAAGAUCUGAUUAUCAUGGUGUAGGAUUCAGCCAGAGCAAAGGGAAUUGAGAUUAAAAUAGAUUAAGAAUGUAUCGAAACCAUCGAAUCGGACGCAGAAAGAUUAAAACAACUGAUGUUACCCCUCCUCAGAUAUUUUAUCAUACAAACUAAAGAUGAAAAUAUUACCAUUUCUUGGAAAACUUUUGCUUCCAAAAAUUAUUAAGUUGUUAUUUACACUCCUAUUAACAUAGAUGAGAAGGAAAUGCGUUUGAUCAAACUAAAUCUAAAAAAGCCAACACUUUCUUUUUCAGAAUUCAAUAUUUGUCAUAUAUUAGCUCAAUAUUUAUCUGGAACUGCAAGGAAAGGAAUAGAUAUCUCAUUGGUAGAACCACAAGGGACAGUAAUAACCUUUAUAAUUUAAUCAUUUAAUUUAAAUAAUGAAGAAAUGAAAGCAAUCAAAUUGAUAGGAGGGACUCACUAUCAAGAAACAUCUCUUAGCUAAAUCUUAGCCAUGUAAGAUACCUUAAAAUAGAAUGAUAAGACUUAUACCUUAUUUAGAGAAGAAUCGAAUAAAAUAUCAAUGGAUCAUUCUCUUCACUUUUCGUAAUCAAGAAUUUCUAAGUAAUUUAGUUAAAAAUAUUCAGAAUAUCAUAGUAAUUACUAUUCUCAAAUAUCAAAACAUAAACCAGAUUAAACAUCAUACAUUUUUCAUUAAGAUGAAGAGACUAAGCAUCUUUAAAGAUUAAAUUAUUAAACGACCCCUUCUUAAUCCAAAUAUUAAUUGCCUUAUUUUCCUGAUGCCACUAUAAAUAAUAGUUUCAAUAAUAAUAGUGGACCUUAUGGGAAUACAUUAAAUAUUGAUGGAAGAGAAUAAACAUUCAUAAGUUAAUAAUAAUAAAGUGAAUUGAAAUAAGCAACUUCUUCGAACUUAUAAAUUGAUUUUGGUGUUGAUUUACCUUCAUAAAUACAAAUACCUGUUUCAAGACCUGUAAAAAUGUAAGGAGAAAUUAUAAAAUUUUCUACUACAGGAAAGUGUUGUUCUAGAGUACUAAUAGCAGAUUAUGAAUUCUAAAAUAUCUAGAUUUUAGAAAUGAUUUUAGCAAAGUUUAAAAUACUAUCAUCUAGGGCUUUUAGCACAGAUGAAGUAAUAAAGAUGAUAGAAACUAAAAAGUAGUGCAAAUGUGGAAAUUCUAGCUUUGUUAUAUUUUUUAUAAAUGUUGAUUUGCCAAAAAAAGGAGGAUUGUGGUUGAGUAAAUAAAUUAAAGAGAAAAUUAAUUAAAAAGCCCAUAUUAUAGGUACUACAGGAUUAGUCGAAUACCACUCAAAAAUUGAAUUUUAUAAACAUGGAAUAGAUCAAUAUAUCAGUUUACCAUUCGAUUUAGGCGAGGUGAGUAAAAUUUUAUAAAUUUCAUAAAACUAUUGA